GAAAAAGAAAGCACCAGGAAAGGGGAAAAACAAAUAUAGAACAUCUCAGAGCUAUCAUGGGAAUAGGAAAGUAAGGAGAAGGAGGGGGAACAGAAAAGUACAAAAUUUCAAAGUCUAAGAUGAAGAAGAAGAAGAACUAACAAAAGGUUCUGGGUUUAAGUUUUGAUUCCAGUUUAAAUCAAUCUCGCCUUCCAUCUCUUUCUAGGUCACAUCUGGAUGCAACUGGACACAAAAUUGAAAAAGCUGCUAAUUCCCAAAAGACAUACUCAAAGUCUCAAAUGGAAUAAAUCAAUCAAAUCUUCAUCAUUCUUGUAAUGAUGUUGAUACAAAGCUCCAUUGAUGCUCAUCUCUCUUCUCUUCAUAACAAUGGAAAACAAGAAAUCCUUUGUGUAUGGAUCCAAGAUAAUGAUCAUAAAAACAAGAAUGAUAGUUUAAGUUCUUCCCAAAUAUCAACCGAAAUUAACAUGUCAGAAACUUCUAAACCUAAACCUAAUCUUGUAUACAAACGCCGAAUCAUUCACAAAAAUUCCACUUCUACCCCUACACCUACACCUACCCUUGUUUACAAACGAAAAAAAGUUCAAACCAUUUGUUGCUCAUCAUCAAAAUCAAACAUGGAAAUUGGAUCUGUUUCCUUAAAACAACAACAACAAACAGAUGAUAUUGGUGAGUGUUCAUCUUCAGUUGUAAUGAAGGAUUUAUCAGAAACAAAUUCAUGCUUCGAGUUUCUUGAACACCAUUUAGUGCUUCAAAGAUUCAAAGGAUUGAAAGGAUUGAAAGGAAGCUGUUUUAAUAAAGUAAAAGAUGUUGAAAUUGAAAAGGGUAUUUGUGGUUUGAGGGUAUGUAAGGUUUGUGAAAAGUCAACGUUGACUUUGAAGAUGCUGAUUUGUGAUCUUUGUGAAGAGUCUUUUCAUAUGUCUUGUUGUAAUCUAAAAAAGGUUCCUGUUGGUGAUUGGUUUUGUCAUUCUUGUUUAAGUAAAAAACUCAAGAAAAUGGAGGGAAAAUCGCCAAAAGGGUAUUUUGGUCCAAUUGUGGAUAUGCUAAGAGAUGUUGAUUGUUAUAAGUCGGAUGUUCGUAUUGGUAAAGAUUUUCAAGCAGAGGUUCCUGAUUGGUCUGGCCCACUUAUCGACCAACUUAAUGAUUACCACAACUUGUCUUCAGAAAUAAACCCUUCAGAUUCUGCUACUUAUCAAGAUUGGGAUUCCAGCAAGCUUUCUAGACUCAGCUGUAUUGGAAAUUGGGUUCAAUGUAGAGAAAUUGUUGAUCAUGAAAAUGGAAUUGUUUGUGGAAAAUGGAGAAGGGCUCCUCUUUUUGAAGUUCAAAGUGAUAAUUGGGAGUGUUUCAGUUCUGUGUUGUGGGACCCAAUCCAUGCUGAUUGUGCUGUUCCUCAGGAGCUCUGUACUGAUCAAGUUCUAAAACAGUUGAAGUAUAUAGAGAUGUUGAGGCCAAGGCUAUCAGCAAAAAGGUGGAAAUUGAGAGUUCACAAGGGUGUAGAUGGAGAAGAGCAUACAGGGGAUCCAAGAAAUACACAAAAAUCAUAGAUUUCAUAUAUCUAACAAAAUUUUAUGCAUAUAUUUUGUAAUUUGCUAACUUCAAUUGGCAAGAAUUUUGCAAAAGUAUCCGGGGUUUAUGUGUUACAUUGUUGAUUAAAAUGUUAUAUCAUAGAAGGCAAAACGGAUGUGUUGGGUUAGAUACAAAA